ACUGUCAUGUCAAAAUGUCGUCCGAAAAGUUUGAGUCACUUGAGGAUGAUUUGUCAAGUGUUUUGGAUAGUUUGAGAGACAGAGUCGAAGGGAAAAUCCCAAAUUUUGAAGGAGAGGAGAAAAAGACAGCCAUUCGCCAUGCAGAGAGAAAUAUUGAAGAAGCAAACUUCAUUCUACAGGAAAUGGAAGGUGAAGCAAAGAUGGCCCCUAUUUCUUACAGAUCUCAACAAAUAUCCAGAAUACGAAACUACAGACGAGACUUAGAUAAUAUAACCAAAAAUGUGAAGAAGAGUAAAGGAGCUACAGGAAGAGGAUCUGAUAAUUUUGGUUUUGACAGAGAUGAGCAAAUGGCAGCUUCUCAGAGAAACAAACUUUAUCAGGGAACUCAGUCUUUGAAUCGAGCCACAGAUAGUAUUGCAAGGACACAUCAGAUAGCAGCAGAAACUGAUGAAAUAGGUGUGGAAAUUAUUGACGAGUUAGGAAGACAGAGAGAAACGUUAGGAAGAACACGGGAUAGGCUGGUUGAUACAGACUCAAAUUUAUCUAAAAGUAGAAAAAUUUUGAAAACCAUGGCAACGAGAGUGAUGACCAACAAAAUGAUUUUAAUUGUGAUAAUCCUGCUAGAAGUUUGUGGACUAGGUGGAGUUAUAUAUUGGAAAUUCUUUACUAAACAUUCAUGAUCACAGAACCAUAACAACUAGGCUGGUGUUUAGGACAAACCUCCCAAUGGUCAUUCCGUGGACUAAUAUUGUAUGAAAUUCUGGAUAUAAAAUCAGAUAAAACAUAGAAGGUCCAAAUUUUACUUUUUAAUUGGGAAAUUUUAAUAUUAUACUGUGAUAUUGUUAAAACAGAU